AUGGCUCAAAAUACGAAGCAGGAACUCGACAAAGCUAUAGCCGGCAUGAACAAAGGAAUUGACAAGAAAGAAGAAAUGAGAUUGAUGACGGCACCUUACGCAAACUGGGAUACCUUUCUCACGCCAGCUCCUCUAUCCAUCGCUUUGCUAGGACAGUUAAUUCUUAUUUCUUCGGAUGCCGACUUCAGUCCUCAAGACAAGAAAGAUAGCAUCAAGUUUGAAUUUCUGAAAUACCCUGAUUCGUUUCGUGCCUGUCUAGUGCAGUUCAGCAACAGAGGAUGGGAUGCCUUUAACAAGGCACACACUUCCAUGGAUCAGAUCCCUCUGUACUCAAGCAAUGUCGACAAGCACGUCAAAACAGCAGUGAAAUUUCUUAUCGCAGGGUCAGCUGAAGAUGUCCAAUCGAUGGUCCCCGAUGCCCUAAAAAACAUUGAAAGGAUCGCUGAUGAUUGUUUAGAGUUGGCCACGUCGGUUGAAAAAGAGUUCGUUGCUGUGAUGAAACUAAUUGCGGAACUCCUUGAAGCGUGUACACGAGCAAAAGGUCAACAUAAAGAGGAUUUGAAAGCCGCAAAGAUCGCUCGUGAGGUUGCGGAGGAGCAUAUGAAAGCCGUUCAAGCGGAGAAAGAUGAAGCUUUAAGUAGACGAAAUGAAAUGGAAAAGCAAAUGAAGGAGGCGAAUGAAGAAUUCAAACAUUCCAUUAAAUCAAUGCCUGGCGAAUGGGAUGUCAUUGGAAAAGCUUGCGCUGACACCAUCAUCAUUACUACUCGCGCCGUUGGCAGUAUCAUACCAAGUAUCACAAGUAUGAUGUCGGGAAAACAAGACUUUAAUACUCGUUCUUCACAAGCAUCUCAAGUCAAUGAGCCCACAAGACAUUUCAAUCGUCCAAAAACUUCUGAACGCGCAUUGGCGGUUUACAAAAUAGUGCCUGAGGUUUACGGCCAGGUGAAAACCCUUGUGAAACCUGCACAUGGUGGAGAAGUCAUGAAAGGCGAUAAAAGCGCAAAGGAUGGAGUAUUACGCACUAUGAAGGCACUUCAAAGCCUUAAGAAAAAUCGAUUGGAAGAGGUAAAGAAAUCAAAGAUGAAAACGAAAGUGAUGAAAUUGUGCAAAGAUGCAAUUGAUUUUUCCCAGACCUUGUCUCGGAAACCACAACUGCAAUAUUCCCAGGAAGACAUUCAAGAGAUAAAUUUGCAAGCAGAUAAACUCCUUGAAGAGGCUGAAACCUUACUAGCUGGAUCGCAUUCCGCUCUUGGUAACAACGCCCUUCCAAAUACAUCUCCAAAUCUUGCCAAACAGCCAAUGUACAACAGCGAUGGUGGGUUAGUCCAGCAAGCAUUUAACAGUUAUCGAUUCAGGACGGAAACAGCGAAUGAGAUGUUGAAGGAUUCUCGUCGCGCAUACGAGGCAUCUUGUGAUGAGGUUGCGAACAAAACAAAAGAAGCGACCAAUCUUCUUGCCGAAAUGAAAGAACUGGACUUAAAGAAGAUAGAUAUGGAAAAAAUCAGACAGACUUUGGUUAAAGGUAUUCAAGCUCUCGGUGAAUUGCGAGAACAGUGGGGCAAGCUGGUUCGGUUUUUCCAAAUGCUAUUUCAAUUUAGUCAAGUGUUGCCUGAGUACCUCCCUCAAGGACUUUGUGCAAACCUCUCGUAA